CAACCCUGUGUUGAACCUCAAAGCCAGUCCUAAAUCCACCACCUCAGUAGAAGUGAAAUGGUCAGAUCCGCAGGGCUUCAAGCCGCAUUACAAAUAUUUAGUUAAAGCCUACAAUAAUACAGGAGCACUGUUUAGUCAAACAGCUGAAAGUAAUAGCAUUGAUGUACCCAGCCUGGAGCCAGGAACCAGAUACGAUAUUAAUGUCACAACGAUAGCAGCAGCGGAAAGUGAAUCCACAGUGGAACAGACAUUCAGCUAUACAAUGCCCAAAGCAGUGACCAACCUCGUAGUGGGUGUGAGCACAAGGACCAUUAAUCUGACGUGGCUCAGACAAAGUGACCAUAAAGCUUCCUACUCCUACCUGGUGAUAGCGCUCCAGGAUGCCAAGAUGGUUCAGAAUGGUUCAACUCAAGUUGAGAAUUACACUUUCACCGAUCUGACCCCUGGAACCUUGUACACUUUUGAUGUGUUUACAGUUGUAGAAGGGGUCAGGUCCGAAGUGGAGAGCACAUCAAAUUACACAGAGCCUGAAUCAGCUACUGACAUCACAGCUAUAGGAGGCACAACUACCAUGACAGUGAGUUGGACACAAGCAGUUGGGGAGGUGGGGUCCUACACCAUCCUCCUGUACAAAGGCACAAUGUUGGUUAGAAACGCCACGAAUCUGAGCAACACUACUGUGAAGAAAGAGUUUCUCAACCUCACACCAGGAGUGCUUUACUGUGUGGAAGUGAUGACCAAAAGUGGACCAUAUGAGAUAGCAAACCCACCGGUUUGCAAUGCAACAUUUCCCACCCCUCCUGGUUCCAUUGAAGUGGAGUCUCAGACUGUGGAGUCCAUCAACUUCACCUGGGGCCUUCCAAACGGCAUGGACCAUAAUCAAUACAACUUUAGUGUGUCCACCUUCAAUGGCUCCUUUCUGACUGGGAACAACUGGUUCUUGCUGGACAAGCUCCAGUCUGGAAGCCCCUAUAGUAUCUCUGUUGUUACUGUGGGCGUGAAGAACUAUGAGAGCACCGCAGUGACAACACAAAAAUUUACCA